GGCGUGGCUAGCCGGAAAAGCGCGCCCGCGGGGACGGGGCGUUCAUUCAUAAGGAGCGGCCGCUGCUCUCAAUGGGGUGGUCCUGGGGGGACUACGUCGGUGUCACCCUCGCGUCACCCCCGCGGCGGGGACAGUGACACUCCGGGGCUGGGCAGCGCUGUGCAGGGGAGGAUGCCGAUCAUUUUGUUCUGGUGCAUGAAAUACCCGCACUGAAGGUGGCCCCGGCGGCUGCGGAGCUUUGGGAUGCGCUGGUGGCUCCUUACCAUCCUGGGGGUGCUGAGCAGCCCCCGCAUGGGGACCGCUGCCUGUGAGCUGCUGCGAUGCCCACCCGGAGAGGAACCCAUUGGGGCGUGCAGCACGGCGCGGAGCUGCCGCCCCUGUCCCCCCGGCUCAUCCUCUGCAGGGGAUGCACCGUGCACCUGCAUGCACGGGUUUUACAGCCCCGAUGGCAAUAGGGAGCCCCAGGGCCGGUGCUUGCCCUGCUCCGCUGCACCCCGUGGUACCCUGGGGUGCGCAGGCUGGCGGCGAGCCCGGAGCGUGGUGGCACCUCAGGGACCAUCGGGGACCAAUGGGACACGGGAGGUUCGGCCGGAGGAGGCGGCGGCGGCACAGUCAGCCGUGUUGGCCAUCGUGCCCGUGUUCUGUGCCAUGGGAUUGCUGGGCAUCCUGGUGUGUAACCUGCUGAAGAAGAAGGGCUACCACUGCACCGCACACAAGGAGCAUGAGCACGGUGCCAACACCAGCGGUCCCAGCUCCAUCUACCAGAUUGAGGAUGCCAACGAGGACACCAUCGGGGUCCUGGUGCGCCUCAUCACGGAGAAGAAAGAAAAUGCCGCGGCGCUGGAGGAGCUGCUGAAGGAACAUCAGAGCACACAGCCAGCACCAGCGGGCUGCAAACCUGCCUACAAGCUGCACCUCCUGCCUCAGUUUCCCCCCUCCUGCUGCCACCAGCAGCACCUGCACACAGUGCACGGCCCAGCUCCCCCUUCGGACCCCCCCUGCACCCGCUGCAGCCAAAGGAAGUGGCCCCAGGUGCUGCCAUCCACAGCCACCAAAGCCACCAGACCCACCGGUGAGAUCACCAUCCUCUCCAUUGGAAGAUUUCGGGUGUCCCGGAUCCCCGAGCAGAAGCCUGGCGUUGGAGGUGAUCCUCUCCCCACCAGCACGAGGCCGUCAUGGCUGAAAAGCACUGACAGCCGCCCCGAGGGUAGCCCCUACGCAGCUCGGUUUGGGGACAGCACCCUCGCCAUGUGACACCCCCAGGUCCCCCUUGGGGCCAGCCCUGAUGCAGGGUGAGGGGCUCAGACACUGCAUGAUGCAACACCCAGGCACCACGUGGGGCGAUGGCAGCCAAAACAUCCCUGGGAUGAGGAAGGGCUGCCCCCAGAUAGAUGUCCCUUGGUGGAUGUACCCAGUGCGGUGGCACCAGGAUGACCAGGGCUCAGCCCAUGGGGCCCUUUAUGACUGUCAGGUGAUGGAUUCUUAAUGUUUUUUCUGUUUUAAAACAUUUUGGGUUAAUUUGUGGAAAUGAAGUCACUAACACAUGGGACUUUGGGGGUGGUGACCCCUCCCUGUCCCUACCAUCACUGCUGGCACCAGCUUGGCACCAGCUCCCUCACCCCCCAGCACCCUGUUGCCCCUUCCCCCUAUUUAUUACCUCUCCGGGGCUUUCCCAGCCCUUUGAGACCUUUCUGUUGUGUUUUCUUAAUUAUUUUUUUAUUUUAUUUCAAGCCUCCUGGCUCUGUUGCUGGAGAGGAUGUCGUUAAUAAACGAGCUCUAUUUUGGAGCAAGAAGGUGGGGUUCGGUGCUUUUCUUCUCUCUCCUCUUUCCUCUUCUACCCUAUGUGUUUAAUAAAGCCCUAGUAGGGACACCUGGACAUGGGAGGGGGGACUGUGCCCAUUUGGGGACACCCUGAUCCCCCAGAAAGGGUCUCAGCAUCAUUAUGAGGUGUCUAGAGCAGCUGCUGCAUGGGUUACAUGGGAUGUCCUCCUCCAUAGCAUGGUGACAGCCACCACGAAUGGCUUGGGGAGUGACACUGCCACCUCAAGUGUCCCCAUGGUCCAUAGGCCACAAUCCAUCCUCAGCACCCCACAAAGAGCAGCACUCAGCUCUGUGCCUCAUGGUGCUGAGACUGGGGACAAAGACAGUGUUUGGUGAACACCUUCUUCAUCUGCUGGGCUGCAGGGAUGGAGAUGAAAUGCUUGGGGAACGUCACCAGGGAGCUUCCCCCACGAUUCUUCCUAACCCUCUAUCAAGGCUACAGGACCAUGCUGGACAUAUUGGGACGUGAGUCAACUCAUGGAUUGGGGU